AUGCGCCAACAAGCUUCCUGUAUCGACAUGCCCGCCAUGCCGUCCGGAAUAAAAGAAAUCCCCGUCCAGCUGCCGAAAAGCUUCGACCGCCCCGAUGAGCCAUGGCAUCACUACCUUACCAUUGACCUGAUAUGGUACGUCUUCGGCUACACGAUAUUCCAUCCGUUUGUCUCAUGGGUCGUCGUCUUGUGCCUGCGGGCGCAAUACACACCGUACGGCAACCUCGAGAUGCGCCUCGCUACUGCCUGGGCUAUGCUCAUGUCCAUCAUUGGCAUCUUUGGCCUGCUUAGUGACCGCAUCGCUUUUGGACCGCCGCGCGAGGUGGAUUUGGCCGAAGAAGUCAUCGUAGUCACGGGCGGUGCCGAAGGAUUGGGCGCACUCUUGGCCGAGACAUAUGGCAUGCGCAAUGCCAACAUUGCUGUUCUCGACACCAAGAAGGUCGACGACGAAGUGUCCGAGAACACGGGCGUGCUGUACUAUGAGUGUGACGUCAGCGAUGCACAACAAGUUGAAGCCGCUGCAGCCCAGAUUGUCGAAGAUCUUGGGGCCCCCACCAUCCUCAUCAACAAUGCAGGUAUCAUGCGGGCCAAUUCGGUCCUCGAUUCGACCGCCGAGGAAGUGGAAAGGACGUUCCGCGUCAAUACGCUUGCCCACUUCAACACUCUCCGCACAUUCGUACCACAUAUGCUAAAAGAAGGCCGAGGCACCAUCGUCACUGUUGCCUCUGUCCUUGGACACCUCGGCGCGGCUAACCUAUCCGCUUACACUGCCUCCAAAGCGGCACUCCUGGCGCUCCAUCAAUCAUUGCGCGCUGAACUUGCGCAGAACCCCGACGCCAAGCAUAUAAAAACAAUCCUUGUAACACCUGGCCAGAUGGGCACACAGAUGUUUGCAGGCCUCAAGACCCCAAGCAACUUCCUUGCGCCCAUUGUUACACCUGCUGAGAUUGGCAAGGACAUUAUACGUAUGAUUGAGAAGGGCGAUAGUGGGGAGAUUGCAGUACCCCUCUACUCAAGAUAUGUCCAAGUCCUCGGUGUACUUCCCUUUGGCAUUCAACACCUCAUCAGGAGAUUGAGUGGUAUGGACAAAGCUGUAGGCCGUAUGAAAGAAGUGCGACAAGAGUCAAAAGAGAAAAAGUAG